AUGACAUCUCAAGAGUGUACCGCAUGGAUUCACCUGCUUUGUUUAUCUCUCCAGGUGCUGUCCCACUUGACGGUGAAGGAGCGCUGUCUGUGUGCCUCGCUCGUGUGCAAAUACUGGCGUGACCUCUGCUUAGACUUUCAGUUCUGGAAGCAAAUUGACCUCAGUGGCCUACAACAAGUAAAUGAUGAACUCUUGGUGAAGAUUGCAUCACGUAGACAUAACGUGACAGAGAUCAAUAUUUCGGACUGCAGACGGGUUCAUGACAACGGCGUCUCCACUUUGGCCUCGCACUGUCCGGGUCUCCAAAAGUACACCGCAUACCGCUGCAAACAGCUGGGGGACGCCUCGCUCUCAUCUCUGGCCACACACUGCCCUCUGCUGGUGAAAGUCCAUGUUGGCAAUCAAGACAAGCUGACUGACGAGGCAUUGAAAAAGCUGGGAGAGCAUUGUGGAGAGCUAAAGGACAUCCACCUGGGUCAGUGCUACAGUAUCACAGACGAAGGCAUGGAGGCCCUCGCUAAAGGCUGCCCCAAACUCCAGAGACUCUACCUGCAGGAGAACAAGCUGGUCACAGACAGAUCCGUACGUGCCGUGGCCGAGCAUUGUCCUGAGCUGCAGUUCGUGGGCUUCAUGGGGUGUCCCGUCACCUCCCAGGGGGUCAUCCAUCUCACCGCUCUGAGUAACCUGACGGUGUUGGACCUGCGGCACAUCUCGGAGCUGAACAAUGAGACGGUGAUGGAGGUGGUGAGGAAGUGCAGAAACCUCAGCUCACUCAACCUCUGCCUCAACUGGAGCAUCAACGACAAGUGUGUUGAAAUCAUCGCCAAGGAAGGCCGCAGUCUGAAGGAGCUCUACCUGGUGUCCUGUAAAAUCACCGACCACGCUCUGAUCGCUAUCGGCCAGUACAGCGCCACCAUCGAGACCGUAGACGCCGGCUGGUGUAAGGACAUCACAGACCAGGGAGCCACGCAGAUCGCACAGAGCAGCAAGUCCCUCCGGUACCUGGGGCUCAUGAGAUGUGACAAGGUGAACGAGGAGACCGUGGAGAGACUGGUGGUGCAGUAUCCACACAUUGUCUUCAGCACAGUGAUGCAGGACUGCAAGAGGACUCUGGAGCGGGCCUACCAAAUGGGCUGGAUCCCCAACACGUCCAACGCUUCGUAGCUACAGCCGUUGUACACACGACACAUCCUACGUUAGCGUUACGUGGCCACGCCCAGACUCUCCUCACCCACACUUCAUAUCCUGUUUUCACUUUAUUUCUAUGUACAACACGCAUGUAGCUAGACACAUGAUUAAGACUAUUGUUCUAAAGUUCAAGAGUUAGGAAACAUCUUUUUUUUUUUUUGUUCUUUUACUUUUUUAUCUAUAGAUCUCGUAUAGUAAUUAUAGCUUUUAUUGAAAAAAAGUUUUGAAAAGAGUUGACGGGGUGUCGCGCUGUGUAACUUCUCCGCUGGAGCGUCUACCACCUGCUUGUCUCCAUGGAGAUGUUAUAGAUUUACCUGAAAUUCUCCACAAUACGGCAUUAGACAAGCAAGCGAUCCCACCUGGUGAAGUUACAGGUCUGAUCUGUGCCGUGGAGAGACGUCCCCACUCAUAAAGAAUACAUUUUUAAGAUUUUUAAGCAAUAUAAAAACAUAUAAAAGCUAGAUAAAUGUAAUGCCACACUGUGAAACACGCAAGGCAAAGCAAUAAAAUCACCAUGGAGACAAGCAUGAGGCAGACCCCUCGCUGAAAAAGUUACAGAGUGAAGCUUUGUGAAUGGAUGUCAGUUCUCAGAGUUUAAACUGAGGCAACUGAUGAACAUAACGAAGAAAAGUAAGAUUAGACGGACCUGCCCAGACUUACCUGGACAUUUUAGACCAGAGACCAGAGAGUUCAAAGUUUGUCUAUGUCGAAAAAAAUCCAAGAGAAAUUGCUUGUAACAGUUAAGAGACCAGACUAUAAUUCUCCGUCUAAAAUGCGCAGUUGAGUCUGGCAGGUAAGGCUAAGUGAAGACGACACCCGAGAAAGAAAUGGUGAAUUACAGUGAAUGGACCUACACUGACAAACCAGCAUGAAUGGGGAAUCCUUUAGUGUUUUCAAAGGGUUUUCUUCAACUGAAAAUAUCUCUUUGCAUUGAUCACCGAGACCUCAAAUCAGCUUGAGUCUGUGAAAGCUGUUUUGAAAAUUGAAAAACUAUGAAAAACAUGUAAUGCACGUCACGAAAAAAUUCCAAUUCUUAAAAGGUGCACUGCGUAACAUUUCCUGCUUGUCUCCAUGGAAAUGUUAUUGGGGUGGGCAAACUUUUUGACUCGUGGGCCACAAAGGGUUCUAAAGUUUGACGGAAGGGCCGGACCAGGAGCAGAUGCAUGGAGGUUUUUUUUUUUGGUAAUCCUCUUCAUAAGAGAAAAAAAAAAUUACAUGUUACAAUAUUACAUUAUAAUUGAAUAUAUAUAAUAUAUAUAAUAAUAUAAUUUAAAAUAAUUACAAAGCAUUACAACAAAAUAUCUGUCUUUCAAG